AUGUCCACCCCGGACCCUCCCAUGGGAGGCAACCCCCGCCCAGGUCCAUCCCCUGGUCCAGGUCCCUCCCCUGGGGCACUGUUGGGCCCCAGCCCUGGUCCUUCCCCAGGUUCCACUCACAGCAUGAUGGGACCCAGUCCUGGUCCUCCUUCUUCUGGCCUCUCUCAGCCGGGCCCGUCUGGCUACAGCCAGGACAGUGUUCACCCACUGCACAAACCCAUGGAGGGCAUGCUUGAGAAGAGCAUGAGUGAGGAGAGUCGCUUCAGUCAAAUGAAGGGUCUGUCAGUGAGGCCGGGCGGGCACACUGGAAUGGGUCCACCACCCAGUCCCUUGGACCAACACUCACAAGGUUAUCAUUCUCCAUUAGGUGGUUCUGAUCAUUCCAGUCCAGUUCCUUCCAACGGUCCUCCAUCUGGACCUCUACUUCCAUCCUCCUCUUCAUCUUCCUCUUCAAUUGGCCCCGGCUCUGCCUCCACAGCUUUAGAAGGCCCCUGCGGAGACCAGCACUCUUUGGGCCCCAGCCACCGCUCUGGACCACUCAGCGGUUCGGGGCCAGGACCUAGCCCUGGACCUAGCCUAAGCUCCACAGUCCCCACCCUCGUGUCAGGUCUUGAAUCCGGUGGUCUUUCUGGACCCGCUGGCCCCGGGAGUCCUACUCCUUUCAACCAGGGCCAACUGCACCAACUCAGAGCUCAGAUCAUGGCCUACAAGAUGCUUGCCCGGGGUCAGCCCUUACCAGACCACCUCCAGAUGGCCGUCCAAGGGAAAAGACCUAUGCCUGGCAUGCAGCAACCCAUGGCAAGCUUGGGUCCGGGAGGUGGACCACCAGGACCAAUGAGUUCAGGCUACAGUCGAGCUCACGGAAUGAUGGGUCCUACUAUGCCUCCACCAGGUCCAUCAGGUGCAGCAGCUGGGAUGCAAGGCCAAAACCACAACGGUCCACCAAAGUCUUGGCCAGAAGGCUCGAUGGUAAAUGCAGCAGCACCGUCCAGCGCUCCCCAAAAGCUGAUCCCCCCUCAGCCCACUGGACGACCCUCACCCGCUCCCCCCUCGGUGCCCCCCGCAGCCUCCCCCGUCAUGCCUCCGCAGACGCAGUCACCGGGACAGCCGGCACAGCCGCCUCCCAUGAUGCCUUACCACAACAAGCAGAGCCGCAUCACCCCAAUACAAAAGCCCUGUGGCCUGGACCCUGUGGAGAUUCUGCAGGAGAGGGAAUACAGAUUGCAGGCUCGCAUCACACAUCGCAUCGCAGAGCUGGAGAACCUGCCAGGUUCUCUGGCUGGAGAUUUACGAACUAAAGCCACUAUAGAACUCAAAGCACUCCGACUGCUUAACUUCCAGAGACAGCUGCGACAGGAGGUGGUGGUGUGUAUGCGACGUGACACGGCUCUAGAAACGGCGCUGGAUGCCAAGGCCUACAAACGCAGCAAACGCCAAAGCUUGCGAGAGGCUCGCAUUACAGAGAAACUGGAGAAACAGCAAAAGAUUGAACAAGAACGCAAGCGCAGGCAGAAGCACCAGGAGUAUCUCAACAGCAUCCUUCAACAUGCCAAAGACUUCAAGGAGUACCAUCGAUCCAUCACAGGCAAAAUCCAAAAGCUGACCAAAGCUGUGGCGACCUACCACGCCAACACCGAACGGGAGCAAAAGAAGGAGAAUGAGCGCAUUGAGAAAGAGCGAAUGAGGAGACUUAUGGCUGAAGACGAGGAAGGCUACCGCAAACUGAUCGACCAGAAAAAGGACAAGCGCUUGGCCUACCUUCUGCAGCAGACUGAUGAGUAUGUGGCCAACCUCACCGAACUGGUCCGCGCGCACAAGGCUGCGCAGGCCCUUAAGGAGAAGAAGAAGAAGAAAAAGAAGAAGAAGAAGUUGGAGAGUCCUGAGGGACAGACUCCAGCUCUGGGGCCUGAUGGAGAGCCUCUGGAUGAGACGAGUCAGAUGAGCGACCUUCCUGUAAAGGUCAUCCACGUGGACAGCGGCAACAUCUUGACCGGGGUGGACGCUCCUAAGGCGGGACAGUUGGAGACAUGGCUGGAGAUGAACCCUGGUUAUGAGGUGGCCCCACGCUCGGACAGUGAAGACAGUGAGGAUGAAGAGGAGGAAGAGGAAGAAGAGGAGGACCAUCAUUCUUCGUCUGCAACAACAGAAGAAAAAAAGAAGAUAAGUGACCCUGACAGUGAAGACGUGUCAGAGGUAGACGUGCGACACAUUAUCGAGAACGCCAAACAGGAUGUGGAUGACGAGUAUAGUGGUGCAGCGUUUGCAAGGGGACUUCAGUCUUACUACGCUGUAGCUCAUGCCGUCACCGAAAAGGUGGAAAAGCAGUCAACUUUAUUGGUAAACGGACAACUCAAACAGUAUCAGAUUAAAGGUCUGGAGUGGCUGGUGUCACUGUACAACAACAACCUCAACGGCAUUUUGGCUGAUGAAAUGGGUCUGGGCAAAACCAUCCAGACGAUUGCACUCAUCACGUACCUCAUGGAGCACAAGCGGCUCAAUGGACCCUACCUCAUCAUCGUGCCCCUCUCGACCCUUUCAAACUGGGUGUACGAGUUUGACAAGUGGGCACCAACAGUUGUUAAAGUGUCCUAUAAGGGUUCACCGGCUGCUAGAAGAGCUUUUGUCCCACAGUUGCGUAGUGGCAAAUUUAAUGUUCUCCUCACCACCUAUGAGUACAUUAUCAAAGACAAGCAAGUCCUGGCUAAGAUCCGCUGGAAGUACAUGAUCGUAGAUGAAGGACACCGGAUGAAAAACCACCACUGUAAGCUGACGCAGGUUCUGAACACACACUACUUGGCGCCGAGGCGAGUUCUGCUGACUGGCACGCCGCUGCAGAACAAGCUCCCUGAGUUGUGGGCUCUUCUCAACUUCCUCCUGCCCACCAUUUUUAAGAGCUGCAGCACCUUCGAACAGUGGUUCAAUGCCCCUUUUGCAAUGACUGGAGAGAAGGUGGAUCUCAACGAAGAAGAGACCAUCUUGAUCAUUCGUCGUCUUCACAAAGUGCUCCGUCCAUUCUUGUUGCGUAGGUUGAAGAAAGAAGUGGAGGCUCAGCUUCCAGAGAAGGUGGAAUACGUGAUCAAGUGUGACAUGUCAUCUCUCCAGCGAGUGCUCUACAGACACAUGCAGGCCAAAGGCGUGCUGCUGACCGAUGGCUCUGAGAAAGACAAGAAGGGCAAAGGAGGCACCAAGACGUUGAUGAACACCAUCAUGCAGUUGAGGAAGAUUUGUAACCAUCCAUAUAUGUUCCAGCAGAUUGAGGAAUCCUUCUCAGAACAUUUAGGCUUUUCUGGCGGAAUAGUACAAGGCCCUGACCUAUAUCGAGCAUCGGGAAAAUUCGAGGUGUUGGAUCGGAUCCUCCCCAAACUGCGGGCGACAAACCAUAAAGUGCUGCUCUUCUGUCAGAUGACCUCACUCAUGACUAUCAUGGAGGACUACUUUGCCUACCGUAGCUUUAAGUAUCUGCGUCUGGAUGGUACUACAAAGGCUGAAGACAGAGGAAUGUUACUAAAGACCUUCAACGAUGCCGAGUCUGAAUAUUUCAUUUUCCUCCUGAGCACUCGAGCGGGAGGCCUAGGACUCAACUUGCAGUCUGCCGAUACUGUCAUCAUCUUUGACUCGGAUUGGAACCCACACCAGGACCUGCAAGCCCAGGACAGAGCUCACCGCAUUGGCCAACAAAACGAGGUGCGCGUGCUGCGCCUGUGCACGGUCAACAGUGUCGAGGAGAAGAUUUUGGCUGCCGCGAAGUACAAACUGAACGUAGACCAAAAGGUGAUCCAGGCCGGCAUGUUCGACCAGAAGUCGUCCAGCCAUGAGCGCAGGGCCUUCCUCCAAGCCAUUUUGGAGCAUGAAGAGCAGGACGAAGUCUGGGGACAAGACGUGUGUCUACGGUUGAAUGAAGAGGACGAAGUUCCUGACGACGAGACGGUCAACCAAAUGAUCGCCAGAAGCGAAGAGGAGUUUGAUCAGUUUAUGCGCAUGGAUUUGGACCGCCGGCGUGAGGAAGCCCGCAACCCUCGGCGUAAGCCUCGUCUAAUGGAGGAGGACGAGUUGCCUACCUGGAUCAUGAAGGAUGACGCUGAAGUUGAGCGACUCACCUGCGAGGAAGAGGAGGAAAAAAUGUUUGGACGAGGUUCCCGCCAGCGGAAGGAGGUUGACUACAGCGAUUCAUUGACGGAGAAGCAAUGGCUCAAGCAGGCCAUCGAGGAGGGCACGCUGGAGGAGGUGGAGGAGGAAGUGCGGCACAAGAAGACCACUCGAAAGAGGAAACGGGAUCGGGAUCUGGACCUCCCUGUGCCCUCAUGCUCUUCAGGAGGAAGAGGACGAGGAGACAAAGAUGACGAUGCAAAGAGGCAGCGAAAAAGGGGGAGACCACCUGUUGAGAAGAUAUCGCCCAAUCCUCCUGCCCUCAACAAGAAGAUGAAGAAGAUCAUCGAUGGUGUUAUCAGAUACAAAGAUGGUGCAAGUGGACGUCAACUCAGCGAGGUGUUCAUUCAAUUACCAUCUCGCAAGGAGUUGCCCGAAUAUUAUGAGCUGAUUCGCAAACCAGUGGACUUCAGGAAGAUCAAGGAGAGAAUUCGAGGUCACCGCUACCGCAGCCUUGCCGACCUGGAGAGAGACAUCAUGCUGCUUUUCCAGAAUGCACAAACCUUCAACCUCGAGGGAUCACUGAUAUACGAGGACUCCAUCGUGCUUCAAUCGGUCUUCACCAGCCUGAGGCAAAAAAUCGAAAAGGAGGAGGAGAGCGAGGGUGAGUACAGCGAGGAAGAAGAGGACGAGCAAGAUGACGGUUCAGAGUCUGAAUCCCGUUCGGUCAAAGUCAAGAUCCGACUGGGCAAGAAGGAGCGAGGCGGCGAUCGAGGGAAAGGACGCAGCAGACGAUCGGGACGCACCAGAGCCAAACCUGUGGUUAGUGAUGACGAUUCUGAGGAAGAACAGGAAGAGGAGCACUCCCUAAGUGCCACUGAUGACGAGUCCUGA